AAAAUAAUUUUAAAAAUCCCGAAACAACGUGAGGUCCCAAAAUGGCUGCCAAACAUUGAAAUGUGGUCGCCUAUAUUUCCUGCAAAAUAUGACCUGUUUUAAAAUUUGUUUAAUUAAUGCAUCUCAAAGAACAAACAAAUAAUAACCUUACUCUCUUCUGAAAUUGCUACAGCUUCAUUUAAAGCAGAAAAUCUUGGUUUUAGGGAACAAGCUGCAAAUUUUAGGCCAACAUGGCGUCCGUGAACGUCGAAAAUAUUGAGCGAAAACUUCAGGGUGUAUCAAAUACACAAGACAGCAUACAGAGUCUCUCAUUAUGGGCUAUUCACCACAAAACAGAUGCAAAACAAAUCGUGGAGAUGUGGUUGAAGAUUGUCAAGAAAGCCAAAACAAAGCAGAAACUGGCAUUAUUUAAUCUUUGUAAUGACAUUGUCCAGAAUGGAAAACGCAAGAAGGCUUCAGUAUACAUUGAGGUUUAUAAGGAUGUUUUGAGAGAUGCUAUUGUGCUAGUCAAAGAGGAAUCAAUUGCUAAAAAUGUAACAAGGAUAUUGAAGAUAUGGAGAGAAAGACAUAUUUUUCCAAAAGACUUUUUAGCAGAGAUUACAGAACUCUAUGAAUCCAAAGAAAGUUCUACACAUAGUACACCUACACCUGUGGCUAAUCAUAGUUCUUCUAGUACUCCCACGGUAACAGCAACCCAACAGCCAGUAGCUGUUCCUAAACCGGUGGCUACAUACCCAGUCAAUAUAGAUCCACAACUUAUAGCAGAAUUUAAGCCUCAGAGUCUUAUAGAUAAGAUCAACAACUACAAGAGAUUUGAAGCUGAAGUAGAACUGAAAAGAAAGCAAUUGUCUAAUAUGAAACUGGAUGCCUCAAGUACAGAAGCUAUAAAACAAUUAAAAGACAAGGCUCAUGGUAACCAGUUUUCUAAGCAGUUUGAAGAGUCCUGCAAUAAGUUAGAAGACUAUGUUUCCAGUGCCAAUAAAGACCUCCUUGAGAAAGCAGCACUUAUAGAGAUGUUAGAAACUAGUCAAUUGUUUUAUGAAGAGCAGUAUAAAGAAGCUAAAAUUGUGGCUAAUGCAUACAAAAAUUUUGGAACAAGAAUAAACAAUUUAAGAAAGAGAUUAGAAGAUUUAGUCAAGUCCUUGCCAAGUCCUGUACCUUCACCAUCAAGAGACGCCCCCUCCCCAGGGAAUACACCCCCUGAGGAUACCCUUGAUAAUAUUGAAUCAGUAGACAUGGAUCUGGAUGAUGAAACAUCUAACAGCAUUAUUCCUAAGACAAUAACAGAAACUGCCUCUGUGGUAUUAGAAGAUGCUGAUGAGAGUUAUGAUCCUGCAGCUGAUCCAUACCUACCAACACAGCCACAAUUCACACAACCAUUUACUGCCGAUACAGAUACUUUACAGAAUAUAUCAUCAAUGAUGACAUCACAGCAUAGUGCAGCUCCAAGUCAGGGAUCCACUUACAACGGACAUGAUCCGAGAAAAUCUACUAAUGGAGUAGAAAUACCAGUCUAUAAUCCUCCUCCAAAAGUUAGUGCUAUAAAGGUUUUAUCUAAACAGUCAAAAGAAGAAGGAGAAGGGACGCCUGUGAAAGAUGAAGGUAGUUCUACUCCUGUAAUGGAUGAAAAACAGGACUCACCUCCGCCAGCUAAACAACAUCAGAAUCCUAUUGACUUUCUCACACAGAUCUUGGCAAAUACAGCCAAAACAACAGCAAGUGGGUCAAAUUUCCUGGCAAGUUUGUCAUUAUUAACGAACACUGUCAAAACACAAUUUCAACAUAAAAAGGAAGAUACUACAACUAUGAACAAUCAACCAAUCAUGUCAGAACAAUCUGCAGGUUCAUGGGCAGAAUGGAAAGCUCAGAAUACAACACAGCAGCCACCGCCAGGAGCUAUUCCACCAAUUUUACCACCUCCGAUGUUCCCACAGAUGGUUCAACCUCCUAUGUCACAACUUCCUCCAAUGAGUCGCCCCCAACCUCCUAUGGUCAACUCCCAGAUCCCAAUAUCAUCUCAAAGUCAUGUCCCUUCAUCACCCCCUAUAUUGUCAACUGCAAACCCUCGACCCCAGUUGCAGCAUCCGUAUGGUCCAGUGUCAACCCCGUAUGGAAAUCCUGUAAAUUCCAACCCUGGCGGUCCUCCUGAACCCUGGAGACCUCCUACUCUUGCCCCACUUCAAAGACCCCCGUUUCCUUCUUUUGCUGGACAACCCCCAGUGCGAAUGGGAUCUGGAGAUCACAUGUUGUCACCACCUCCUUGGAGACCACCUCCCCCAAAUUCUCAGGGCCCUGUGAGGCCACCAUUGCAACCACAUGAUGGACAUGAAGUGUGGGGAGAUUUUCAACAUCAACGGCAUAACACAAAUCUACAGUCGCCACCACCUCAGAUGGUGUCUCCUCCAGUUCAACCGAAAAGCAUUUUAAGAAACCGGGCUUCUAGUCUGAGGGAAAUUUCUUUGGUAGAAAAUGACAAUAUGGCAAUUAAUCCAGAGCCACCUUCAGAACCUCCAAGUCCAAUUGAAGGUCGAAAUAAAUUUAUGAAGCCAGGCUCUGACUCAGGUGGUCAAGUGGCUGAUGAUCACAGAGAAUUUUUAGAGAAACUAAAACGAAAGACAGCGGGAGGACCAAACCUUGUUUCACCGCCAGUCAUUGAUGAGGUACAAAAUAACAAUAAACCCAAAAUGUUUGCUACAAAUAGAUCAAGACCUAAUUUAACUACUAUAACUCCGGUAGACUUUGAUGAACCUGAUCAUAAUCACUUAAAUGAGAAUGAAAAUGGUGCAGAAGAGGAAGUAAACAAUGAUUCAUUAAAUGCAAUUAGUGGUUAUACCGAUCAGGAGGAGGAGUAUGAUCCAGAGGCAGGAAUGGAAGAGGUUAUUGAGGAGGCAUAUGAUGGGGAGGCUAAUGAAUAUGAACAGCAGCCUGAAGAAGCUGAACAGUAUGAGGAAGUGCCAUAUCAUCCUCCCCCUCAAGACUUUAGGCCGCCAUUUCACAGACAUCCUCGGCCACCUCUUCCUCAUCAUGAACCUUUCUUUCAUCCACGGUUUCCUCCUCGGUUUGAACGCCCGUAUGGAAGGGAGCCUAAUUUUCCUGAUUUUAGAGACCCCUAUGGUGGUCCUCCUGCUAAGAGGCCAUAUCAUGAUAAUUAUCGUCCCUUCAGACGACCUUUCAAUAGGUAUUAAUGUUAUUGUUAUAUUUUGUUGCUUGUUAACUAAAUACACUUGGAAAGAUGAAAAGCACCCAUUACAACUUUUGCUUUGGAAUAUUAAAACGAACUAUAUGCUUUGUACAAUCAUGAAAUACUAUUGUCAUGAAAUCAGACUUAUAAAGGAAAGUAAAAAAAAAAGCAAAGUAAAGGAUUCUUUUUUUAAUUUUGAUUAUUAAAGUCAAAUAAUUUUUGUUUGUUCUGGUAUUUUAUACUUCUACCUACAUUUAAGCCAUUUGUUAAAUAGAAUUUAGAUUUUUUUUAAUUUUGAUUUUUUUCUUAUUAUAUUUCAAUCAUCAGAGAUCAUACAGCUCUAGGAAGUCAAACUGAAUGCUUUCCAUCUUUCUGAUUUGUAAUUUGUUAAUACAUUGUUGAGAGAUGGUAUGUAAUUCAUGUUAGUGGUGUGUAAGAUAUGUGAUUUAUUGUUUUUCUUGUAUGUUGAAAGUUUUUCUAUUCUCUAAAAUAUUAUUUUAAUCAAAAAUAUUUCAGUAAAAAUGUGCUUGCAUUAGCCCACUUUAUUUUGAUAAUUCAAUUCUGGUCCAUUUGCCAAUAAUUGGAUGUGAAAGAUUUUUUUAUCUUUUAUAUAAAUAGAUUCAACUACAAAUGUACAAUCAUGAACAAAGAAAGAUAACUUAAACUCAAAUUUUUAAUUUGCCUGGAAAAUACACAUGAAUGUUUUAAUUUUAAAUUUUACAAAAUUAUGAAAGCAAUGUCUACCCUUCAGUGCUGACAAGCAGUUUGGAAUUUAAUCUUAAAUAAUUAUCACAUAUUUAAAGUUAAAUAGAAAAAUCUUGUUGUAGCAUGUAAACCAAAAAAAUAUUGUUAACUAUAAAGAACAGAUGUAAAGAAAACACAGUGUCAAAUGCAUUUUGUUGCAUGU